AUGGCAGAAGAUCAACCACAAAGGGUUACUCUUGAGGACUAUUCUAGCUCUACCAUGCCGCAAUUUUUCACAAGCAUUGCGCGGCCAGAAUCCAAGCAAUUGUUAGACGCUUCUGCUGGGGGAAAGAUUAAGUUGAAGACUCCAGAAGAAGCAAUGGAACUUAUUGAGAAUAUGGCUGCUAGUGAUCAUAUACCCACCAAGAGAAACCUGUUAGAGCUUUCUUCAGUGGAUGCAUUGUUGGCACCGAACAAGCUACUAGCUAAGUUGGAGGUUGCAGUAUAUGUGGAGGAGCGCAUAAAUCUGAAAAGCAUCGAGUCAGCUAUCAAGAACCUAGAGAUCCAAGUGGGACAGCUAGCUAAGCAAAUAGCUGAGAAUUCUUCUGGAGAUUUUGGAGCUAAUGCAGAGAAAAAUCCCAAAGAAGAAUGUAAAGAUGCCAUGACUAGAAGCAAGAGAGAAAAGAAGAAGGAGGUUGUUCCAUUCAUAGGGAAGGAAGCACCAUAUCCUUUGGUGCCAUCUAAGAAGGACAAGGAACGACAUUUUGCUCGUUUCCUUGAUAUCUUCAAGAAAUUAGAUAUAACUAUCCCAUUUGGGGAAGCCUUGCAACAAAUGCCACUCUACUUCAAGUUUCUCAAGAAUCUGCUGACCAAGAAGGGCAAAUAUAUCCACAAUGAUAAUAUUGUGGUCGAGGGAAAUUGCAGUGCUGUUAUCCAAAGAAUCCUUCCACCAAAAUACAAGGAUCUAGGGAGUGUCACAAUUCCUUGCUCAAUUGGUGUUGUGUCAGUUGGAAAAACAAUUAUUGACUUAGGGGCUAGCAUUAAUUUGAUGCCUCUAUCCAUGUGCAGAAGGAUUGGAGAGUUGGAAAUCAUGCCAACAAGAAUGACACUGCAGCUAGCGGAUCACUCAAUCACAAGGCCAUAUGGCGUAGUGGAAGACGUGUUGGUCAAAGUGCGUCAAUUUACUUUCCCUCCAGAUUUCGUGAUAAUGGACAUUGAAGAGGACGCUGAAAUCCUACUGAUUUUAGGUCGUCCCUUCAUGUUAACAACCAAUUGUGUUGUUGAUAUGGGGAAAGGUAAUCUUGAAAUGAGUGUGGAUGACCAGAAAGUUACAUUUAAUUUGUUUGAUGCAGCAAAGCACUCAAUUGACCGCAGUGUUUGUUCUAAGAUGAAUGAGAUUGAGAAUGAGAUAGCUCAGAUUGUCAAAGCUAAGAAAUUACAGGACCCUUAG